CGCCGCCCGCCAUGUUGUUCCUGUUGCGCGCGCUGCCGCUGCUGGCGGCCGUGCUGCCGCUACGCGCCGACGUCAACGUUAUGAAAGACGUCACUCUCGGCUUCGGGCAGGCGCUCGACAAGUGUCGCCAGGAGAGUCAACUGACGGAGGAGAAAAUGGAAGAGUUCUUCCACUUCUGGCGUGAUGACUUCAAGUUCGAGCACCGCGAGCUGGGCUGCGCCAUCCAGUGCAUGAGCCGGCACUACAACCUGCUGACGGACUCCAGUCGCAUGCACCACGACAACACCGAGCAGUUUAUCAAGUCCUUCCCCAACGGCGAGGUGCUGGCGCGGCAGAUGGUGGAGCUGAUCCACUCGUGCGAGAAGCAGUACGACCACGAGGACGACCACUGCUGGCGCAUCCUGCACGUGGCAGACUGCUUCAAGCAGGGUUGCGUGCAGCGCGGCAUUGCGCCCUCCAUGGAGAUGAUGAUGACCGAGUUUAUCAUGGAGGCUGAGGCGCGCUGACCUGCUCACAC